AUGGCCGCUGUCAAGCAGCAAGUUUUGAACUGGCUGUACAGUGUCUUGACAAGUGAAUACAGAGAUGUGAACCGUACAUACAACGACGUCGCGCAGGCGCUGUCGCAUUACUCCUCUUUGUCUCCGCGAACCGAUGUGUACACAUACGAAAAUGGAAAAUCAGCUCUACUUCUCCAUCUUUCAGGCACCCUGCCCGUCGUCUUUCGAGGCACAACCUACAGAUUUCCUGUCGCAUUAUGGGUUCCCCAUGCAUACCCACUAGAGCCUCCUUUGGUAUAUGUCACACCAACAGAGGGGAUGAUGGUUAGGCCAGGUCAACAUGUCGAUCCACAAGGCAAAAUAUACCACCCAUACCUGGUGGGGUGGGCUGAAUUCUGGGAUAAAUCGAACAUCCUUGACUUCUUAGCUAUACUGCGUGAAGUGUUUGCCAAAGAGCCUCCAGUCAUAUCUCGGCAGCAGCAGGCACCUCGACCUCAGCAAGCUCCAGCGCCUCCCCCAGUCCCACCAUUACCUCCUGGUGUAGGGCGACCGAUUUCCGAGUCUCCUUCUCAGACCAACGACCAAGUUCGACCUCCUCCCCCGCCACCAAAGCCUACCAGCGAUCCACAAUCCUACUCGGCCGCUGGCCCUUCGAGAAGAGACAGUGGCCCUCCUUUACCACCACUCCCUCCACAACCCAAUCAAGACAAUGCCCGAUAUGGCCAGCAAACGCCACCCAAUGGACAACCACAGGCUCCACAAAGAAUAAGUACUCUUCGAUACGAAAAUGCACCACCUUUACCUUCUCAGCCGCAACGCCAAUCAAGUAGGGACUCUACGUUUAGUCCCCCUUUGAAUGGUCCUCCAGAACCCUACAGGCAGUCUUCACAAGGCCAAGCAUAUCAACAACCUCCACACGUCUCGAAUGUAAAUCCACAAUAUAACACCCAACCCAACAGACCUCCUUCGUACGUGCCACAGCAACAGCCGUACCAAGGCCAACCUCAAUGGCAACAAUACCCACAACAAGCGCCUCAGCAACCAAAACCAAAGCCCCCCCCACCACCAGAUCUUCUCGAUGCACCGCUCGUCCUCGCUGUUCCCUCUGAAUCCUCUACAAACCUACCUGCUCCCCCUGUACCACCAAAUCCAGAAAAGGACAUGCUUCUCCAUAAUCUCGGUCGAGCAUUGUAUUCUCAAAGGCAGCAUACUCUCAAUCAAACCACUUCAAGUCUUCCAGGUCUAGAUGCCCAACACAAAGCCAUGCUCAAUACACUCUCAAGUAUGCAAGCCGAGAUCCAAGCUCUCGAGUCUCUGAAUACGCUCUUGAACAGCAACACAAGUAUUUUACAUACAGCUCUCCACGAUGCCGACGGAGUAAUUGAAUCAAGUCAGCACCGAACUGCUCCUAAUGUGGAUGAGCUCUUGGUGGCUCCGACAGUAGUUGCCAAUCAGCUCUAUGAUCUUGUGUGUGAGGAACGAAGUCUGGGAGAUGCGUUGUUUGUUUUAGGACGAGCAGUUGAGAGAGGUAGGAUCACACCAGCAGUUUUUGCCAAGAUGACGAGGACAUUGGCACGGGAGUGGUAUCUGAAGAAGGCUCUUGUGAAGAAGAUUGGCAGAGGCAUGGGUUUAAAUACUUAUUGA